UGAGGUUGUGUUUCAUUGUUUUACCUCCAGAGUCCAGGGUCAGUCAUCUGUGGUCAUCUGACAGAUCUUAACAAAAUUUGUUUACCUUAUUUUCUCAAGAAAUGCCAGAAGUUUCAAGUUCAUCGUAAUAUCAAUAUGAAUAACAACCAGAAAAGUGCAGAAACCCAGUUGCAAGUGGCUAUUGGUACCUUACUCAUAUCAGUCACUGAUAAAAGCUCAGUAGUCGUGGAAACAGUCAAGAACUCGUUGAAGAAAUUAUCAGAAAAACACCCUAAUCAGGUCUUGGGUUCAUGUUGCAAAUUCAAUGCAAGAAUUCCAAAACCACCACCUGAACAUGUAGCUUCCAUACUGAAUAUAAUGGAAGCAGUAUGUUCAGAUUAUAUUGUUGACAUUGAUGGAGAUACUAUAAUAGAAGUCAUAAAUGUUUGCUUAUGUAUUAUGACUGAAAAUGUGAAUCCCCAACCACUAGUUGAAAUGCCUGCAUCUGAAGUCCUAGUUGCAUUAGGAAGGGAACAUUAUGUUCAAGUGAUGGACUCACUUUUGAACAAACUUAGUAUUGGUGUCAUCCCUCAUUACAUGGUGCCCCAUACUUUGGGUUCUUUAGCUAAUGCAAAUGCUAAUGGGGUUGUACCAUAUUUAAAAGAUAUCUUUAUUAUAUUGGUGCCAUUGCUUCCUGGUUUGAAAUCAGAUAUUUUGAAACAGUCUUUUGCAUAUGCAUUUGGGAAUUUUUGUGAUGCCUUGAUUGAAUAUAUUUCUAAUAAUGAGAAAGUACCAGAUCCAACAAUAUCCUUGGAUAAUUACAGUGUGGAGAUUGGAAUGGUUUAUGAUGUAUUGUUUACUACCUGGCUCUAUAAUCGUGAACCAAAAGUUGUUGAAACUGUUUUGGAUGCAUUGUCACCAAUAUUUAGAGUUUUAAAUGUUGAUAAAGUAACACAACAGACAACAAAAGCUAUACAAGUACUAUUGACUCUUUACAAGAAGAAUGUUAAUCCUUACAACAUUACCAAAUGUUUGGAGUCUAUUAUCCAGAAAGCAGCCACAGUCAAUGGCACCUUACUAGAACCAGUACUAUCAAAUAUCCUGAACACUAUUUUUGACUUGGUAUGCAUUUCACCUGAUUAUGCUCAACCAGGUUUACUAAAAAGUCACUCAGAAGUCCUGAGGUGCUAUGAGUGUUUUGCUCUUCAUUUCACUGAUAGCACCAUAGAUCAGCUAGUGCAGCAAUUGAGGAACAAUAAUGAUAAAGAAAGAGUAAAAUCACUUAUAGUAUUGACACACUUGAUAUCAUAUUCAAGAGAUCAAUCAAUCAACAGGAGAUAUAAAGACAUUGUCAGGCAAAUCAAUGAAACAUUGAAUGAUAAUAAUGUUAGGGUCAAGAAAGCUCUUGUUAAAAUUAUUGUUGCUUUUUCAAUUAAGAAUAUAUUACUUGAUAAGGAAACUAACCCAAAUGGGCCUGAAAAAUAUAUGGAAUUCAUAUUGAAAAUGUGCUGUCAACAAGUUUUACCAAAAAAUAAUGACAUUGACCAACAAGAACUACAGAAUAUCCAGAAAUCUGCUGACAACACUCUGUAUAUGCUGAGCACUUCUGUUCCAGAGCUGGAACAAACUUUAUGGGAUUUGUUACUCAAGUGUUUUCUAGGACCAGGUUAUGAUGAUGCUCUUGUUAUCAUUUUAAGGUGCUUGACACACUUGGCCUCUAAAAAAGAUAGACAGCAAAGUUGUGAAACUGCAUUUGUGAGGUGUCUAUCACUUUUGGCCAACCCUUUACCAAAUUUUAGAGGUUGCUUUAUUCUGAAUUUUCUGAAAAACAUCAAACCUUUUCAUGUGGAUUCAUAUAAACCAGUUUGGGAUGUGAAGAUACCACAGCUGUUGAAAUAUUUGGAACAAAAUUAUGAAAAUUUCAACACACUAGAGUGGCAGGAUCUGAUUUUUGACUUCUUGAAUAUUCUUCUGGAAACUACCAAUGAUGGUGCCUUCAAUGAAGUUGUUGUUUUCAAAGCUAAAGAGCAGCUUGAAAUUUACAACAAUAAUAACAUGAGACAUGUAAUGAAUGGAGAACUGCAAACAAAACAAACAGAAAAACAGUUCUUAAUAAAGUGUCUAGCUGUAGCACUGUGCUAUUUGAAAGACAAAGAGACUGUAGUUCAAACAUUGGAUGUUAUCCUGAGCAAUGUGAAAUUGACGGAUUACUCAGACUUGCAUACCUGUGCCGAGGCUGUGGGAAUCUGUUCCAGGGUUCACUUGCAAAUAGUACUUGAUAAACUGGUUUCAAUAAGGAAGGAAGUACUAACGAAAAAGACUUCAAAAUUCCUCAAUUUCACUUUCAUGAAGAACCAGAACCAUGAACUUGGCAUAGAACGGCUGCGUUACACGAUUCUUUAUAGUUAUUCUGAAAUUUGUAAUGAAGCACCUGCUGAGAAACUCUUGAGGGUCAUUGAGAGUGAAAUUCUGGAUUAUGCUAUGACCGAAUUAAAAAACUGCAAAGAUUUCCAAAUGAGAAAGGUUUGCUUGAGAACCAUACAUUCCAUUGCUGAUGCUAUGCACCCAAACAGAAAUUCACUACAUAUUAGAAUGAAUGACAGGGAUAAUGUCAUGAAGAUGGUAUCUUCACAAAUUCAUUUACAUAACGGCCCAGAAUAUAUUGAACUAUUUCCUUUGAUAAUCCCCGCAGUAACAUCAUUAGUAAGGCUCCCACUACCUAUUGAAUCAGAAGAGAGAAUAAGACUCUUGAAAGUGUUCUUUGACAAUGUUUUCAAUGCUUCCGCAAUUUACUGCAAGAUAAACUCUGAAAAUCCCGAUAGUUACUAUGGCGACCUCAAACUAGUACCUUAUGUGACUAGGAGCUUCACUGAAGUCAAUCUCUUGGUGCAAGAACUGCUCUUGCAGAAUCUAUCGCCGGCUACAUUGGAUGAGAUAGUUACACUUUUGGAACCUUGGUUGGGAAAGAAGAAGCCCGAGCAACGAUUGCCGGCAGCAGAGACUUUAAGACUGGUGAUGCAGACUUAUUUGGACAAUAUGAAGUUUGCUUUUGAAUGUCCGACUAGUUUUGGGCAAACAGGAUUUUUAUUGGCUAAGGUGGUUCCUAGAUGUACUGAUCCAAAUAAAAAAAUUAGAAAGGUUGCUACAGAUUGCUUGUGCCUGAUUCUUUGUAUAGCAUCAAGGUAUGAUGGUCACAUGAGGGAUCACGAUAAAGUGCUUAGCAACUCCUUGCAACAUAUUCAUAAACAGAUUGAUACGGACGAUCCGAAACUGCUGUAUAAUCUCACGUCAGAUUUGGCACAAAUAAUUUGUGUAAACUUGCCGUCAUUCCAACUCAUGCAUUGCAUAGAGGGUCUGUCAGACGCCUUAUUGGAUUGUGAAUCUUCAAGUUCCAAUGGAAGCAGUGUGGUGCUCAACGUCAUUCUCAAAAAUAAAGGUAGCGAGUUACAGAGUCACGUGAGUACUGUGUUGGAAAAGCUUCUGAAACAACUGUACACGAUUCAGUGUCCAAGGACAAAAUCGUCCACUUUCCGAUGUGUUCUUAAUCUUGCUAUGCAUCAUUCCAAAACUGUCUGUGGGAUUCUACUUUCACAGCCACUACCUUAUGAUAGUAUAAUCUGUGAGUGUUGGGCAUUUAUCUCAACUGAUCCAACUCUGGUACAAGAUCUGCUCGAUCAGUUGAAGAAAUGUAUAAAGACGACCCCUAUUUAUGAAGAACAAGGGGAAGCAAUAAAGGUAGCGAAUUGCCAACCCCUCCAAGCGAUAUGCGCUCUGCACGAGAUUCUAAAGAAUAUUCAUCUCAAAGACAUUUGUAUGCAGCAAUUCCCAGAGCUGUUUUCCAUUCUCCUAGUUUGUGUCGCUUCUUACAUCGGUACGGUAUCACCAGCCGUCAAAAUAGGGGACAAGAAGGACAAACAAGGCAUGUUCUUCAAUAGGGAUGCUUACAAACUCUCCCCUACGAAGGUGACAGUGGAUACAUUCAGAUUGUUUUUGAUGUGCUGCGAAUUUAAUAAAAUGGCGACCAGUGUGCUGUUUAUCACUAACACAGAUACAUUCCAAGAUAUACAUCUGUUUCUUGAGGUAAUCGCAGCUCUCGUGGAGAACGUGUGCCUCGAACACCCGCAGUCCCUAUCGUGGCUCGUGGCCUCUCUGGGCCCCUACAUACGCGCCGACCUUGAGCCCCAGCGGGCGGUGACGGCGGCCUUCUUCACCUACCUGCUGCGACAUAGAGGCGACAACGAGCAGACCGUCCUGUCGGAGAACCUGCUCGAGAUGGUGCUCGACGUGCAGGGAGACGCUAGUCGCACAGUCAGGAAGUUGGCGCUGCAAGGUUUGGGCUACGCGGCCGAGCAUCUGAGCUACGACCUGAUAUCGAGGCACUGCAAUCCGAUACUGAGCGCGUUGAUGAAUAGUUUGGAUUACCACAAUAUUGGUAAUGAAAGUGCUGUGAUUUUGGAAGGAAUGCUGAGUUUAUCAAAAUUAUUGAGUACAAUGGAGGGUUGCAAGUUCAGCUCAUUCCAAGUUACUGCUGCAGUCAGGAUAAAACCGUUGUUAGAUCAAGAAGAUGUCAAUCUAAGAAGAGCCUCUUUUCGAUUACUAGGUGAUUUGACGCAUUCUCUGAACUCAGAGGCCAAUUUGGAAGCAUUCAGAGAGCAAAUCCAUGGUAAUCUCAUCAAUUUGAUGUUGCAUCUUUGCGACCCUGAUAUUUAUGUCGUCAAGGCGUGCAAGUACACUUUGAGGAAGAUCGGGCCGUAUCUGGAUAGUCCGAAUGUGAAUUCUAUGAUACAAGAACACCUUAUUGACGAGGCUAAUCUCCAUUUCACUGAUUUCAUUAGAGAUUUCAUCAAAAUUAUGGCGGACGAACUUCAAGACUUAUUUCCACUUCUUCUCAUGACUUGCCUGUCGCAUUUCAAGAGCCAAUGGCCUGAAAUAAAAGGGAAUGCUGCCCUGAUUGCUGGACUGCUAUUUUCUCUUUUGAUACUGGAGAAUAAAUCUAAGGUAUCCAUCGAUACGGUUUGUGAUAGAUUGAUAAGACUUUUAACUGAUGAAAAUGAGGACGUAAGGAUAAAGACUGUUGAAGCUAUUUCAUACUUAUUUCUGGACUAA